AUUUAACUAAGUCAUUAAUAUCAGGGUGCAACAAUCAAAUUUCCAAAUUUUGGUAACCGUUUUGUAGAAUAAUUUUUCACAAUGUCUGAAGAAGAAUCACAUACAUCCAGUGAAGAAGAAGGUCAGACAGUUAAAGGGCCAAAAGAAUUCAUUGUUGAAGAACUAUCCGACAGUUCCGAUUCUUCAGUGGCUGAAACCUCUUCCGAAGAUGAGCAAAGAGAACGUCCAAAGCCCGAAAUUCCUCCCGAGUAUUGGCAUAUUCAGAAAUUAGUGAAAUACAUGAAGUCUGGGAACCAAACGGCAACAGUCAUAUCGUUAUGUUGUUUGAAGGACCACGAUUUAAGCACAGAAAUCAAUCAAAUGGCCAUUCAAGAUAUAGGUGGUCUAGAAGUCCUAAUAAAUUUGCUUGAGACGAAAGACCUGAAAUGUAAACUUGGUGCCUUGAGUGUUUUAAGCGAACUGUCUUUAAAUGAACAAAUUCGAAGAUGCAUUACAGAUCUUGGUGGAAUUUCACUUCUCGUACAAAACCUUACAGAUCCUGCCAGAGAUUUACAGAUCCUUGUAGCAGAAACUAUUUAUAAUGUAGCUCAAAUAAGGAAAGCACGUAAACAUGUCAGGAAAUUUGACGGUAUACCUAAACUCGUCGACCUGUUAGAUGUUAACGAAAACUGUCUGAAAACUCCUAAAGACUUACUAACUCCAGACGAAUUAGAAAACGUAAAUAUUGCUAAAGCGGCAGCAAAAGCUUUAUGGUCGGUUUCCAGAAGUCGAAAAAAUAUUCAAGUUAUGAUGAGAAGUGGUUCUGUACCACUUUUAGCAAAACUGUUACGGUCGGUACACAUGGAUGUUAUUGUUCCCACUGUGGGUACCAUUUCGCAGUGCGCAAAUGAACCAUCUUACCAAUUAGCAAUCCAAACAGAAGGAAUGGUUAAAGAUAUCGUCCAACAUUUGGCCGCCGAAGAUCCUUCUUUAAGAAGACACUGCGCUGAAACAAUUUUUAAGUGUGCUGAAGAUGCUACCACUAGAAAUUUGGUACGACAAGCUGGCGGACUAGAUCCUCUGGUUAAUAUGGCGAAAGAUCCGGCAACUAGAGAAAAUAAACCUUUAUUAGCAGCAGUUACCGGUGCUAUCUGGAAAACGGCUAUCAGUGCGGAAAAUGUUGAAAGAUAUGAUCAGUUAAAAACAGUGGAAGUGUUAGUAAAGCUUCUGGAGAAUGCGGACGAAGAUGAAACGGUUUUAAAAAAUGUAGUGGGUGCUCUUUGUGAAUGUUUAAAGUUUACACAUAAUAGAGAAGUCUUAAGACAAGUUGAUGGUAUCCCUUAUCUAGUUAAUCUUCUAAAUUAUACAUUUCCUCCUCUUCUGGAAAACGUUCCUAUGGUUCUUCGAGAAUGUGCGGAAGACGAAAAUUCCAUGAGAAUAAUUGAGGAACUCGACGGAGUUAGGCUAAUUUGGUCUCUUCUUAAGAAUGAUUCACCAAAGGUUCAAGCAAAUGCAGCCUGGUCCUUGGUCCCCUGCAUAAGGUAUGCAACCGAUUCCGGGGAAAUGGUCCGAUGCUUCGUGGGGGGCUUAGAACUCAUUGUAAAUUUAUUAAAAUCCGAGAACUGCCAUGUCCUUGCUUGCGUAUGUGCCGCCAUUGCAGAAAUAGCGAAAGAUAUUGAAAAUCUAGCCGUUAUCACUGAUCAUGGCGUAGUUCCAAUGUUGGUAAAUUUAGUACACACGCAAAAUGUGGAAUUGCGAGAACACUUAGCAUCCGCAAUUGCUUAUUGUUGCGCAUGGGGAUCUAAUUGCAAAACUUUCGGACGAUUGGGUGCAAUAACUCCAUUGGUAGCAUACAUGGCUGAUUCAAAUCCAAAAGUUCAUAGAACCACUGCAUUAGCUCUUUUUCAUUUAUCGAAAAAUGCUUUUAAUUGUAUAACAAUGCACGAAAGCGGAGUUGUACCGUUUUUACUUAAAGCCAUUGCGACUACUGACUGGGAUUUACAAGAAGCAGCAGCUGGAUGCUUAGCCAAUAUAAGAAAAUUGGCCUUGGAAGCGGAAACAGUUCACCUUAUAAGGGCAAGGGACGCAUCGACAGAAGAAGAUGAUUAGCCUAUUUUCAAGAUUCAUCCCCUUUGCUCUUAAUUACACAUUAUCUAAAAUGCAAAUUUAAUAUUACUUACAUAUUAAAUUACGAAAAAUUGUGUAUAUAUAUUUACAAU